AUGCCUGUACCAGUCCGUAUGAGAGCUCGUGCACCGCAUAAUAGAAGCCGCACAGGUUGCAUGACUUGCCGCGCUCGUCGUGUAAAAUGCGAUGAGACGUUAGAUGAGACGUUACCGACCUGUCAACGCUGCAUGAGAAGCAAUCGGACUUGCAAUGGUUACAAAGAUCCACAAGGGUGCGUCAAAGCAUUACGCAGCAUUUUCCCCCGACCGAAACUAUUAUCCAUCGACUUAGAUGAACACGAAACCAUCGCUCUUGACUUUUUCCGCCGCAUCACCGUACAGCAACUACCAUGUGCUUCUGCUUUCGAGACACCUUGGGAGUCGAUAACUCUACACCUGACGACUCAACAACCAGCAGUCGCUGCGGCAGCAUGCGCAUGCGCUGCCAUACAUCGCGCGAUCACCGAUGAUGAAGACUCUUUGCUCUCGAAGCACAUCGGCAACAUCUCGACCAAAGCACGAGACGAAGAUAUAGUCAUUGUUCUCAUCGUAUGCCUGUUAUAUUUCACCAUUGAAGUCUUUUCUGGAAAUGAUGCCAAAGCUUCAAUGCAUCUACAUACCGGACUGCGGAUUAUCCACGAAAGACUGUCUUACGAACCACAAGACCCGGAUCCUGUUCGUAGAAUCAUUUUUGUGGAUUGCCUUCCCCAGAGCGUAUGCAAGAUCCUCAUCCAGGCAUUCAUCCGGCUGGACUCUGAUAUCACAUUAAUAGGCCGUGACGACCCCUUCCUGACUCCAAUCUGUAGAAGUCCUAUGCCUCCAAGAUUCUCUAGCGUUGACGAAGCAAGCCUCUUACUAGAGGUCAUUACCUCGAACAUAUUCGAGGUCUACGACAAGUUAUAUUUGCACACCUACGACGCUCUAAGCAAAAGAAUGAACUUGGGUUGUGUCGAUUUCGAUCAGCAAACAUGUCUUGUCCAGGCCUCUCUACGGACAACGGAUCUUAACUACGACCUAAUGAAAUCCAUAGAAGAGACCAGAGGCUCGCUUCAUGCUUGGUCUGUGGCUUUUAGAGGAAUCAACCGAACAAGCUCAGAUCUCGUGGCGCACAUGUCUGUUCAGAUCUUCUACUUCUGCGUAUCGAUCUGGAACGAGACAUGGCGCGACGCGGGCGCGUGUUGUAUCGACCGAUUUGAGCCCCAAUUCGAGUAUUUCACUACUCUGUGCGAGCAUUACAUCCGGCUUCAUACUAUGAUGACGCCAAUUCGUAGUGACUUUGUCACUUAUGAGGGCAGUACGGAUUAUAUUCGCACACCUCCCGCCUUCUCCAUCGGUUCCGGUCUUGUGACGUGCUUGGUUGCUAUUGUUGAGAAGUGCCGCACUUCUUCUAUUCGCCGGCGUUGUAUCGCUUCAUUAAGCAAGGUCAACCUAGGUGGUGUCUUUGAUACGAAGUAUCUUAUUGCCUAUCUAGAAGCCAUUGUCAAAUAUGAGGAAGACGCGACCCUAGUUCUAAAUCCAACAAUGGACCGAGAACGUUGCGCCAGCAUUCAAGCGCGCGACGUCCCCGAAGCCGCUAGAUUUCUAGAAGUCAUCAUGUCGCCCUCUCAGCACCGCUCCGACUUCGACUUUUACAAGACAAAUCAGGUCAAUUCGGUGUACGUGACUAAGAAUGGGAGUGGGAUCUACAAUGAGCUGCAGCCCGGAAAGGUUACAGCUUGUGUUACUCGAGCAAAAGACACGAGCUCGGCUGGCAAACUCAUUGCUACGAUUGAUUGA